AUGGAGCUGCUGUCCACUCCCCACAGCAUCGAGGUCAACAACAUCACCUGUGACUCCUUCCGCAUCUCCUGGGCCAUGGAGAACAGCGACCUGGAGAGGGUCACCCAUUACUUCAUCGACCUCAACAAGAAGGAGAAUAAGAACUCCAACAAAUUCAAGCACCGGGAUGUUCCCACAAAGCUUGUGGCCAAGGCCGUGCCACUGCCCAUGACGGUGCGAGGCCACUGGUUCCUGAGCCCCCGCACGGAGUACAGCGUGGCGGUGCAGACGGCGGUGAAGCAGAGCGACGGGGAGUACCUCGUAUCCGGCUGGAGCGAGACAGUGGAGUUCUGCACCGGAGAUUAUGCCAAGGAGCACCUGGCACAGCUGCAGGAGAAGGCCGAGCAGAUCGCAGGCCGCAUGCUGCGCUUCUCUGUCUUCUACCGCAACCAUCACAAGGAGUACUUCCAGCACGCCAGGACCCACUGCGGGAACAUGCUGCAGACCUACCUGAAGGACAACAGCGGCAGCCACGGCUCCCCCACCAGCGGCAUGCUCCACGGCGUCUUCUUCAGCUGCAACACGGAGUUCAACACCGGCCAGCCCCCGCAGGACUCCCCCUACGGCCGCUGGCGCUUCCAGAUCCCCGCCCAGCGCCUCUUCAACCCCAGCACCAACCUCUACUUUGCGGACUUCUACUGCAUGUACACGGCCUACCACUACGCCAUCCUGGUGCUGGCCCCCAAGGGCUCCCUGGGGGACCGCUUCUGCCGAGACCGCCUGCCCCUUCUGGACAUUGCCUGCAACAAGUUCCUGACCUGCAGCGUGGAGGAUGGGGAGCUGGUCUUCCGCCACGCCCAGGACCUCAUCCUGGAGAUCAUCUACACGGAGCCCGUCGACCUGUCCCUGGGCACCCUGGGGGAGAUCAGCGGCCACCAGCUCAUGAGCCUGUCCACUGCCGACGCCAAGAAAGACCCCAGCUGCAAGACCUGCAACAUCAGUGUGGGCCGCUAG